UGAGCCAACAAGUGGGCCUGCCGAGCUCAGCGCUGCCGCCCCGCAUCCCGCCUGCUGCCCGCCGCCGGGACGCGGCGCGGGUUGGUCCGCUCGAAACAACUGAAAAUGUCUCAGAAUCCCCACAAGCCGCAUUCAAGCGAAGAAAAGUUGAGUGCUUUGGAGGAUGAUCAAGAGAGCUUGGACAACUCGGAGCAGUCUGUCAGGAAGAGAAUACGACAAAGUGUUCCAGGUUCACAUAGAGAUGAUACACCAAAGUCUAGCCCUCCUCGGCCUGUGUCAGUGGAAGAGUUAAUGGAAACUGCUAAGGGAGUAACCAACAUGGCACUAGCACACGAAAUUGUUGUUAAUGGAGACUUCCAGAUCAAACCAGCUGAGUUACCAGAACACAGCUUGGAAAAAAAAGUAAGAGAGAUUGUGCACAAAGCUUUCUGGGAUUGUCUGGAAGCUCAGCUGAAGGAAGAUCCACCGACAUAUGACCAUGCAAUUAAACUGUUGGGAGAAAUUAAAGAGAAUCUUCUGUCUUUUUUAUUGCCUGGUCAUACAAGAUUAAGAAACCAGAUUAUGGAAGUUCUUGAUCUGGAUUUGAUAAAACAGGAGGCCGAAAAUGGGGCUCUGGACAUUGCUAAGUUGGUAGAAUUCGUUAUUGGAAUGAUGGGGACUCUCUGUGCUCCAGCUCGAGAUGAAGAAAUUAAGAAACUGAAAGAUAUACGUGAAAUAGUUCCUCUCUUCAGAGCAAUUUUCUCUGUAUUAGACCUAAUGAAAAUGGAUAUGGCAAACUUCGCUGUCAGUAGUAUUAGGCCAAAAUUAAUGCAGCAGUCUGCUGAAUAUGAAAGAAAGAAGUUUCAGGAGUUUCUUGAGAAACAGCCAAAUUCUUUAGACCUUGUCACAGACUGGUUGCAAGAAGCAGCAGAUGAUCUUGCAAAGCUGAGAUAUAAAAAGUUACCUCCCCCCAGCAGUGCUGUUGGUGCUGCUGGUGGAGCUGCUGCGUUGUGCCCCACUGCCAUACAGAAUCAGGCAUAUCUGAAGCUGCUGAAGUGGGAUCACACAAACAGGCCUUUCCCAGAAACAGUGCUCAUGGACCAGAGCCGCUUUCAGGAAAUACAGCUGGAACUGGAGCAGCUCCUCGUGGCUGGGACUGUCCUUUUGGUCACGUUCAGUGCAGCAGGCGCAGCUCUCAUCGAUGUGCCUGGAUUUGCUGAGAAAAUCAAAACCAUUGUCAGGGUGCUGCUGACAGGGAUGCAUCUUCCCUCCUUUAACCUGAAGGAGUCUUUGGCUACCAUUGGUGAGAAGGUGUGUGCCGAAGUCAACAGCUGCCUUACCCAGCAUGGCUUUGCACCGUUCACAGCUGAGAGAGAGACUGUGCUGAAAGGACAGAUCCAAGCAGUGGCCAACCCUGAUAACACCAUCUGUAAACUAAUAGAUUCUCGAAUUCAAAAGUUUCUGGAGAAUUAUCUUGCAUCUGGUCAGCACAAAGCGGUACCGACUGUCCCUGGAGGAUUAGGCCCUAUUCAGAGAGAGCUGGAAGAGAUUGCUGUCAAGUACGUUCGUCUUGUCAACUACAACAAGAUGGUCUUCAGUCCUUACUAUGAUGCUGUUCUUGGCAAAAUACUGACUAAGGAAGAACCCCAACUUGUAGGGAUGCCAGAAGAACCGUGAACACUUUGUGUACCAAUGCAGUAUUAGUUUUAUCAGCUACUUUGAAAAAUUGCACCACUAUUUGUCUAGGAAAACAGCUCUCCAUGUGAACAUGAUUUCCUUUUAAAUCACUCGUGUUGCCCGAUGAGGAAAACACAGGAAUUGCAGUAGGGGUUCUGAGAUAAAUGAUGAAGGAGAGAUACAUUUUUAAUGUAAGUAUGCAACUUUUGUGAGGGAGUGUUGUGGUAGUUUUCUGGCUGCAAGAUUUCCAGGCAGGUGCUAUGUAGGAAAAGUUGAACAGCCAAACUCUGUUUUUAAGUGGCUCAUUUUAGGGCUUUUUAUUCUCAUUUACCAUGAAUUCAGUUUCGCUCAUCCACAGCAGGUUAGCAGUGGUCCUUCCCUGCAGGGGUAACGUGGCUUUUUAAAAAGAUCUUACUUUUAAGACUUAAGCAAGCUAAAACUCUAGGUAGGAGAAACUUAAACAGGCAAAAAACAAAGCCAAACAGCACUUUACUGUAACAUUAUGGUUAGUGUGGUAGGCUACUAGGUUUUUCUUUCAGCAUUUUUCUGCAUUUUUAAUAGCAUUUUUUUGCUGUUUACCUGCAGAUGUUACAAAAACACAAUAUAUUUUUGUAGCAAAUUUUCUGGUUAUUGGGUAACUGUUCUCUGCUUUGUACAGUACUUAACAAGGUGGCAAUCUUAUAGAUUGCAGCUGUAUUUAUCUCCUGUAAAGACUUCAGAAAGGCAGAGCUGAAACGUUUUGAUAAAAGUGGCGUUUCUUACCUUUUUUUUGCUAGUAGUUGACUCCUUUUUAUGUGAAAUACUAAUUUUGAAGUAAAUCUGUGUCAUUUUCAGAAGGUGGAUUUUAAGUGUGUUAAACUUUAGGCCAGAACUUCUACUUGUUUUUUAAAACUAAUGACUUAAGAUGGCUGCGUUUUCAGUCAUGUCUUCAGAGAUAUCUAGGAAGUGCAGAGCACUAUUAGAAGUGUGAGUGAAUUUAAAUUAUGGUGGGAAGUGCAUUAUUUAAUAUUAGUUUGAAUACACAAGGAAUAUUUUCAAUAGAAGAUUUUUCUUUUUUACAUUACAGAGGUGAUCUUAAAACCUUAAAUAUUUAAGGUCUUGAAUUUCAUUAGUUACGUGUUGUAUAGAUGAGUGUUCACAGAAGAGCUCAGUGAUCUUACAGCUUUAUUGCAGUUUUAAACUCAGCUAGGAGGUAAGUGCAGUUCAAGUUUUCCUCUAGCUCUUGAGCGCAGUGCUCCAUGAUAGUAAUCAAAAUUUGAUGAAUUUAUGAAAACAAAGUUCAUAAUUAUAAACAGUAAGCGUUCAAAACACGAGACGUAUCCAAAACAAAAUGUUGUCUUCUCUAAAAAAAAAAAAACUAAACCAAAACCAGUUAUGUAAAAUGAAUAAAUGGCCCUCUUAUUGCUGACAUCCAGGUUCAUUUUAUUAAUCAACUAGUCAACCAACAUAACAGCCCAUCUAGAAGAAAGCACUUGAUUAUGAGUCAGCGUUGGUGCUUUCUUUGCUGGCUUUCUUCUGAAUGCCAGCAGGGACAUAACUGCUGUGAGUUCAGAGGCAGGUAGGUUAAGCAAGAGCUUUUGUUCGGUACUAGCCCGUGCAACUAUAAUGUGGUUUUUUUUCUCAUUCAUUACAACCCUGCAUUUCCCAAGGGGAAAAGAAAACAUAACAGCAGAACUCUGUAGUAAGAGAUCACAGCUCAGACAAAUGAUUUCUCUUCCCUUGGCCGAGUUUACUUAAAUAGCAACGUGGAUGUGUGUCUUUGCAUACGUCUUUGGUAACUUAAAAGGAAGUAGGUUGGUUAGCCAACAGAAAGCAGAGUGGGUUUUUGGUAUGGUCAAAGGAUACUACAGAGGUCUUCAAGGUUUCUGCAGCUACUUACUGUUGUUAGUCCAGAAUCCAUCUUGAAAUACAGUCUGUGGCUCUGCAGCUCCAAAAAAUUCUUUCAGUGGUCUGGGUAACAAAGGAACUCCCCAAAACAUUACGUUUGCAGUUUAAAAAACAGUACAAAACAGAAAAACCUGUUUUCCUUUUUGUAAUUGAGAGUUGCUGAAGUUUAGAACUGACUGCUGUUAUUUUACAUUGUACUGUUCCCUAGAGGCUGCUUUUAAAGGCCUCCAUACUAAGCAUAGUAGAAGUUGUUGGAUGUUGCUAGGUGCUGGUCUCAGGGGUGUGGGGAAGAACGGCACAGUGGUUAGAAAGGCAUAUGAAAAGUAUGUGACUGAUGGCAGAAUGACUGGGACCGAGUUACGGACACAUAAAAUGGUACUUACUUGAGUGCUCCCAGUCUGUGGCUGCCAACUCCAGCCUGCCGUGACAUCAAAGCACUGACUGUGCUGCUGCUCACGCACGUGCAUUGCUCACAGGGUAUAUCCAGUCAGUUCGUCUCUUCUCUCAGUUGGGAUCUUUCUUGGGCUUAGCAUAGAAAAAAGUGCAAUGCUCACACCCGGCUCCAGGCUUGCCUUUGGAGGUUACAGACUGGAAACCUGGAGUGCCUCGGUUUCUUUAAGCUUUUGUAGGCCUGGCAACAGGGAAAGAUCUAAAAGAGACUGUAAGAGGUUCCCACGAAAAAUCACAUUAGUGAUUUUUCCCUGGUCAUUUUUUAAUGAAUGUCAUUGACUAAAAGUUUCUCUGCAUUGUCUUUAAAAGAAAUAGGCGGAUGUAAUGAACUGACAAAGCAAAAAAAGAAAAAAAAAGACUAGGAUUGAUAAGGCUGCUGUACCUUACCUCUAUGUCAGUAUUUAUACGUGCGCUGUUCCAUCUUUUCAGUCUGGUGGAUAGGAACAAUGACCUACGGUUAUCUCUACUGCUGGUGGUGGGAAUGUCCUUCAGCUUGUCUGAACACCUUAAUUCCCUGUCCAUCACGGGCGUUCUUACUGUCUCAGGAGAGCACAGUCCUGAAUAGUCAAUGACAAGUUAAAAUCUGAAGUAUAUAUAGUAACUGCUUCAAAAGUUCAUAUGGCUUUUUUUUUAUUAGCUCGGUUGAAAAUAGCCAGUUAACCUCAGUAGCGAAUAUACUACCAUUUAGCUUUUACAUUAUUAAGUGGAGGACUAACGCAGGCGUCCAGGAACAGACUGCAGUGGCUUGUACUCCUGGCCAGCCCACAUUACAGACCUGUAACUAGUCUGUCUUACACGGGUGUCUUCUUCAAACAGUCCUGGAAUUCCAAGUAAAGGAAUACUGUUUCCUCUAGAAAAACUGAAAAGGAAGCGAAUUCCUGUAUGUACGCUCUGAUCAAUUUCCUGUGAUGGUUUUAAUUCUUGGUAACAUUGCUUUCAAAGUUGCUGAGUAGUAUUUAAAAAGUCAUUUGUUGUGUUUGAAUAAAAGCAGAAUGAGGCA